GAGAGGACCGGCAACAUGGAGGCGGCCGUCGGCGUCCCCGACGGCGGGGACCAGGGCGGCACGGGGCCCUGCGAGGACGCGACGCCCAUGGACGCCUAUCUGCGGAAACUGGGCUUGUAUCGGAAACUGGUCGCCAAGGACGGGUCGUGCCUGUUCCGGGCUGUGGCGGAGCAGGUAUUGCACUCUCAGUCUCGCCAUGUUGAAGUCAGAAUGGCCUGUAUUCGCUAUCUUCGAGAGAACAGAGAGAAAUUUGAAGCGUUUAUAGAAGGGCCAUUUGAAGAAUAUUUGAAACGAUUGGAAAAUCCACAGGAAUGGGUUGGACAAGUGGAAAUAAGUGCCCUUUCUCUUAUGUACAGGAAAGAUUUUAUAAUUUAUCAGGAACCAAAUGUUUCUCCGUCACAAGUAACUGAAAAUAAUUUUCCAGAAAAGGUAUUACUGUGUUUUUCAAAUGGAAAUCAUUAUGAUAUUGUCUAUCCCAUAAAGUAUAAAGAAAGCUCUGCUAUGUGUCAGUCUCUCCUUUAUGAAUUGCUGUACGAGAAGGUAUUUAAAACUGAUGUUAGUAAAAUCCUGAUGGGCCUAGACUCCUCCAAAGUGACUGGCGAAAACAACAACAGUGAUAUAUCAGAUUCAGAGGAUGAUAGUUGCAAGAGUAAAACUACCACUGUUAACGAUGUGAAUGGAUUGAAAGCUUUGUCAAGUGACCAGCAUCCGAAGAACCAUGGGAACUCUAUUAGCCCUCCUUUGUCCAGAAAGGUUCUGAAAUCACUCAAUCCAGCAGUCUAUAGAAAUGUGGAAUAUGAAAUCUGGCUGCAGUCUAAACAAGCUCAACAAAAACGUGAUUAUUCCAUUGCUGCUGGCUUACAGUAUGAAGUUGGAGAUAAAUGCCAAGUUAAAUUAGAUCACAACGGAAAAUUCUCUAACGCAGACAUUCAAGGGGAUCAGUCUGAGAAUGGGCCAGUUUUGGUCGAAGAACUUGGAAAGAAACACUCAUCGAAGAGCCUCAAGCUGCCUCCCCCAGAAGGCUGGAACACAGUGUCAGGGAAGAAGAUGAAAAAACCUUCUACUUCAGGACAGAAUGUCCAUUCUGAGAUGGAUUACCGAGGGCCUAAGAAUCCGAGCAAGCCAAUAAAAGCCCCGUCAGCUCUACCUCCUCGCCUACAGCACCCUUCGGUAGUGAGACAGCACCCAUUUGCUGGUCAUCCUUCAGGGUCCCAGUCUCAGAAAUCCUCCAGUGAGCACAAGAAUCUUAGCAGGACGCCCUCACAGAUCAUAAGGAAACCUGAUCGUGAGAGAGCUGAGGAUUUCGAUCACACAGGUCGAGAACCUAACUACUUUGGCCUCUCCCCAGAGGAGCGCAGAGAGAAGCAAGCUAUAGAAGAAUCUCGUUUACUUUAUGAGAUUCAGAACAGAGAUGAACAGGCUUUCCCUGCCCUUUCCAGCUCGUCAGUCAGCCAGCCAGUUACUCAGAGUAGCAACCCGUGUGUCCAGAGAAAGUCAUCACACGUGAGUGACAGGAAAGGAAGCAGGCAGAGGACAGAUACCGAAGAACGAAAAGAGAAAGACCCUAACCACGGACAUAAUCACUCGGAUAAGAAACCCGAGCCCAACACAUUGGAGAGUAUUGGUGGUGAUAAAUGUGCACGAGUGUCAUCACCAUCAAAAUCAAAGAAAUCAGAGUACCCACCUCCUGCAGAACAAAAACCACCAGAACAUGUGUCUUUGUCAAAUCCAGCUCCCCUUCUAGUUUCUCCAGAGGUACAUCUAAGUCCUGCAGUGCCUUCUUUACCAGCCACUGUGCCAGCCUGGCCAAGCGAACCUGCAACUUUUGGUGGACCAACAGGUGUUCCUGCCCAAAUUCCUGUUAUGCCAGUGACACAGACUCUGACCACUGGGCCUGAUUCUGCUGUGUCACAAGCUCAGUUAACACCCUCUCCAGUUCCUGUUUCAAUACAGGCGGUUAACCAGCCCUUGAUGCCUUUGCCUCAGACAUUGAGCCUUUACCAGGACCCGCUCUAUCCUGGGUUUCCUUAUAAUGAAAAGGGAGAUCGAGCCAUUGCACCACCCUAUUCACUGUGUCACACUGGGGAGGACCUGCCUAAAGAUAAGAGCAUUCUUCGAUUCUUCUUCAAUCUUGGCGUGAAGGCAUAUAGUUGUCCUAUGUGGGCUCCACAUUCUUACCUGUACCCUUUGCACCAGGCCUACCUGGCAGCCUGCAGGAUGUACCCAAAGGUCCCUGUCCCUGUGUAUCCUCAUAGUCCUUGGUUCCAAGAAGCUCCUUCGACCCAGAAUGAGAGUGAUUGUACCUGUGCAGAGGCACACUUUCCUAUGCAGACGGAGGCCAGCGUGAACGGUCAGCUGCCGCCAGCGGAGAUUGGGCCGCCAGCGUUUUCUUCACCUCUUGUCAUCCCUCCCUCUCAGGUGUCUGAAAGUCAUGGACAGUUGUCUUACCAGCCUGAUCUUGAAUCUGAGAGCCCCGGGCAGCUUCUUCAUGCUGAAUAUGAAGAGUCACUGAGUGGCAAGAAUAUGUUCCCACAACCGUCCUUUGGACCUAAUCCGUUCUUAGGCCCAGUUCCCAUUGCACCUCCUUUCUUUCCUCCUGUGUGGUAUGGGUACCCAUUUCAGGGAUUUAUAGAAAACCCAGUGAUGCGGCAGAACAUUGUCCUGCCCUCUGAUGAGAAAGAAUUGGAUCUGCCCCUGGAAAAUCUGGAUCUGUCUAAAGACUGUGGUUCAAUGUCAGCAGUGGAUGAGUUUCAGGAGGUGGGGGGUGAAGAUGUACCCCCUCUCCUGGAAGGAGGUCUGACCAGUAAGCAUGAAGGCCAGGUGGAGCAGUCAUCCCAGACACCUCAGGCAGAACUGGCCUUGGCUUCUACCCCUCCUGUGACAGAGGGACAGGCUUCUCUUUCUACUCAGAUUCUAAACAGGGAGAGAGGAACCGUUGUAGAACUGGAGCCUAAAAGGACCAAUCCAAGUCUGAAAGAGAAACCAGAGAAAGUGAAAGAUUCCAAGACUGCUCCUGAUGUGGUUAACCCUGGGGCCAACUCGGUGGAUAGCAGAGUGCAAAGACCAAAAGAAGAGAGUUCAGAAGAUGAAAACGAGGUGUCUAAUAUUCUAAGAAGUGGCAGAUCCAAGCAGUUCUAUAAUCAGACGUAUGGAGGCAGGAAGUACAGAAGUGAUUGGAGUUAUUCUGGUAGGGGAGGGUUUCAGCACGUGAGAGGGGAGGAGUCCUGGAAAGGGCAGCCCAGCAGAAGCCGGGAUGAAGGUCAUCAGUACCACCGCAAUGUCAGAGGACGCCCGUACAGGGGAGACAGGAGGAGGUCAGGGAUGGGAGAUAGCCACCGGGGACAGCACACCUGAAGCGUGUUGCUGGGGCACUGCAGAGGAGACGCCCAGAGGUGGCGCAUUCGUGAAGGCUUUGUAAAAGAGACGUUAAAAUAAAAACCCUCGUGGGAACUAUUUCCUCCUCUCCCCCUUGACCCUCACUCCCAGCCUGGAUGUGAGAUUUUGGACAUGAGUUCAAAGGGGCAGAUGAAUUCCUGGUGUUGCCAUUUUUCUUAACUUACAAUCUGUUUAUUGGGUGACUGCCCCCAUAAAGAGUAGAAAAUAAGUUUGUUAAAGUAUUUUUUAUAAACAGCUUAAUAUAAAACAUCAUAGGUUUAGUGUUUGGUUUUUUUCCUUGUAUGAUGUUUGACUUCAGAUAUUAGAAAUGUAUGCUUUAUAUAGCAUUUACUGAAGUGACAACAAAAUGUACCAUUUGACACACUAUAGAUUCCAAAACAUAACAUUGCACCAAAUAGAAACGUAUAUUUUAUUAUUCAAUGCCUUAGUCAUAAAUUGGGCUCAAACAAUUCUCAGCCUAAAACACUGUUGUCUUUUGAAAUGCUUCCAACCCAAAGGCCUUUCAUCUCAAUAUCUGUCAAACUUGAAUUCUGUCUUCUCUUUAAUAUUUAAUAUCCUGUGUCUUAGAAAUGUUGUAUAUAGUUCUUUUAAUAUUCAUAGCGGUAUAUUUUUGAAUUUUGGUGAGUAUUUGUUGGACUUGGGAUUGCAGACAGGAGUAGACAGAUGUUUAAGAAAUCAUAGGAAAUCCAAUGAAAUACAGCUGUUCCCACAAGAAUUCUUAGCACUGGUGUAAAUAUCAUGGUGCCUACUCGAAAGCAACAUAGAUGCUAUGCAUUUUGAAAAUAACCUGCAUCUGGUAAAGCUGCAGAAGUUUUUUAAUGCCACUUUAACACUAAUGCACUGACAGAUUCUAAAUAUUUUGUGAGAAAAAAAUGUUAAAAAUUGAUAGUUUGACAGGUUUCUGUAGAGAGUUUCCUGUGUUUUGUGUUUCUCCUUGCACCACUGGUUACGUUUCACUUUACAUUUGCAUGUUCAGCGUGUCGCAGAUGAAACUUGUGCACAGAAGUACGGUGAUUGUGACUUCUAGUUUUUUUCCUAGAGGAUGCUGCUAGAAAAUGGUUUGGCUUUGCAUUUUACAGCUUGUUACGUUAGGCGACAUGCCUCUGACCCUGCCUCCUUUCUCCAGUCUGCAGUAUUCCUAGCGGUUCCCUUUGCAUGUUGCACUCUGUCCUCCUUAGAGAUGUGACUCUGCAUUAACACAGUAUUCAUUCACCCGUGGUGUUUUGUGAAAAUUGCUGUAGCUUAUACUCCUUUUUUUGUACAUAUCAGUGUGAAAAACUACCCUUUUUUAUGUUAAGAGAUUACCUUCUGAUCAGGAAGCUUCAGUGCUAUGCAAAUAACAUAGUAGUAGUUUCUCUCUGCAUGCCUGUGUAAUAUGCCAGGCCAAAAAGAUGUGCUGGUUUUCUUUCUUUCUUUUUUUUCAAAGCAGAUUACUUUAAAAGCAAAUACAGUUCACUUGAAUUCGACAAAGUGAAGCAGAUGAGUUUUCUGGGUUCUCGGAUAACCUAAGGAAGGUUUGGACGCCAGCUAGGCUCAGCGAAUCUCCGCCGUACUGUAAUAAUAGUGGUAUUUACCUCUGUGCUGUUCUAAUGACCCAAUGUCUGUGGAACUGCUGAUUGGAGUAGUGAUUAGCAUUUAGGUGUUUUGUAACAUAGAAUUUUAGAGUGCACUUUGAAAGAUAACAUUUUAUUAUGAUGGUGCUAGGUAAAAAUUUGUAAAGACUGGGAUGGUUGCGUGGAAAGAAGACAAGUUCUUGAGAGAAGCUCUUGUAAGGAAUUUCUGUUGUCACCUUGUAAGCUAGAACCGUUAUUAAAGGUACUCCUUAUGUCAUUUGUUUCUUAGUUAACAUCAGUGUUUGAAUUAUGGAAUGAGAAUAAGUAAGAUUAGAGGGUUCUUCACCUUCCGCCCAUGCUUUAUGUAAGUAGGAUUAGCUUACUUGAUAAUUUUAAUGAAAAUCACAUUUAGAUAUAAAUAUUAGAUUUAAAACUUCAAUAUAAGUUUGAUCUCAGGAGUCCAAAAAAAUUGCUGUUUCCAGUACCCUUCAUUUUAUUGACUGGGAUUUGUUCUCAGUUUCUGGAAAUGUUUAAAAAUUGGAUGGGGCAGAAUACUGUUGGUGUUUUCAUUGUCACACUGUCUUACCUCACUUGAGUAACAAUACUCCAUAGCUCCUGAAGGAAACACUGAUUUGCUUUCCUGUUUCCCGUAUCUCACCUCAAGGACAUGAUGGAAACAGCGCUGAACUGAACGAGCAUGUUAGCAGAUGGUACUUUACUCAGUGACCUCUGGGAUGAAAGAACUCUUGAGUUUGAGAAUAAAUUUGCAUGAAGGUCUCUUAUUUUUUCCUUUUGGCUUGUUUUUAAAUGUAUUAGUCAAGGAGAUUUUGCCUUAUGCUGAGGUCAAACUAGGACUAGUGAACCUUUAUCCUCCUUCGUUUUAACUGAUAAGAACAAUACUGUAUGUUGACGUAAGAUACGGUUUCUACAUAAAAGGAGCAAAAGUACAGAAUUAGAGAACCAUUUGUAGUUUGAGUUGGAAAUUAUGGAGCUUCAACGGUGAUCAUACACAGUUUGAAGAACAAAUGUUUAGACUGACCAAAGCUCACCUCUUCUCUUUGUUGUAGUUAGGUGCUUUUGCUGAAUUUGAGUCCUGCCCCCUUUCCUUUUAGUAUUAUAUAUCUUUCUCUUCAUCAAGUUCGUUUCCUCUCAGAGAAAUCUCUGACUCCUGCCCUGUGUGCUCCUUGGCAGCACGAUACUGGGCAUCUGUGGAGCCCUUGUGCUGCUUCCUGGUGACCCAUGUGCUCACGUGCACGGCAGGCCUAAGCUCAGACCUUGCCUUGACCUGGUAGGAGUAGGUUUUCCAAAGCACUGUGCUGAUGGGGCUUAUUUGAGGCAAACUCUCUCUGUAUUCUUGCAGCAUGUUGUUUCCUUUCUAACUCCAGGUUGAAUUAAAAUGUCUGUGAACUGCAAACUUGCUUAAGAUUGACUUGGUGCAAUAAAGUUCCUUUCUAACCUUUUCUGGUUUAGGAAACGUUCAGCCAUCGUAGAAACUAGCAAUAUUUAUUUUUGCCUCAUUUGUUCUACCAGCCAUUUUUGAUGAGGUAAACUUCUGCCUUUCACUUCUGGGUACUGAGCAAGGUCCCUUCUAGUGUAGCUGAGGACAAUGCACAUCUGGCUACACUCUGUUUACUCUAUUUUGCUCCCUAUUUUAUGCCUAAAUGCUGUUGUGUUUUUGUUCAAAAUCUUAAUAAUGGCUCAGUUUCAGUAUGUCAGUUUCAAAGAACUAAGAUUUUAUUAGCAUCAGCCAUUUACUCUCCUGCUAAUUAGGAUUUUUUUUUUUUUAAAGAGAGACUUUUUACUCCCUGAAGUACAAGUUUUGGAAGAUCCUAGAAGACGGGUGGGUGCAUGUCUUAAUGCUGAGAAAUAGCAACUUUGGGGUUGAAUUUACUUGAAUGGAUUAAAAAGUGUAUUGUUACAGAGUUAGAAAAAAUUUUUGUAUGAAAAAUGAUAAUAGCCUUACACUGAGUACAAAUAAUACUUAAAAGCAUGUGAAGAUGUGAUCAUUUGUGAUGUUACUUGUAAAAAAAAAAAAGUAUAUAUACAUAUCUUUUGAAGUGUCGAAAGGAAAAUAGUACUUUAUAUUCUUUAUCAUAUCCCUUUUUGUAAGUGUUGAAUAUAUUCCUGUUUAUUUUUCUAUGUUCUGUUUUGUAGCCUUAAGAAGUGUUUCAAACCUACCUGAAUGUAUAAAAUAAGAGUAAAUGCCCUACAUGGUGUGAUGCUGCACUAGAUAUAUAAAACUGUGUGCAUAUAUUAAAUUUUGUCUCUUGAUUCUGCUUGUGAUUUCUUUGGUUCCAGGGCUAAUAUAAAGAUCAUACAGGGAGUUGGCCAACCAUAUGGUUGAGACAGCCUGAGGAGUUGAAUGAUAUAUGUCAACCUUGGUGAGAGGAAGGAGAGGAAAGGGAAGCAGGUACCUAACAGCUGUGUGAGUGCUAAUUGGGUUUCCCUGUGUAGUCCAGUAGAACGUGUGAGCAGGGAGGCAAGGAGCGUGUGUGUAGUUGGGUGGGCCCUUGGUAGAACGUGUGAGCAGGGAGGCAAGGAGCGUGUGUGUAGUUGGGUGGGGCCUUGGUAGAACGUGUGAGCAGGGAUGCAAGGAGCGUGUGUGUAGGGCCUUGGAGAAUCAGCCACUCCAGAAGUGGAUGGGAUGAAAGGUGAGACCAAGAGAAGUCUGUGCUUCACAACAGUUGGCCAAUGUGGGGUUUCUAGAAAGUUCUCUGUAACUAGAAGAGCUCUGUUUUUUUUUUUUCCGAAUAAUUUAUUACAGCUUCACUGAAAUUUGAAAGGCUCUGUAGGUUCAGGUCUAGGGAAUAGUUUGAGAUGUAAGCAGCUAUAAAAGAGGAAAUACAGCUUUUCUUCAAAGACACAUGUGCCUUGACUAUAAGUGCUUGUAACAGUAUGAAUCAUACAGUUCUCAGAAUAAUUUUUUUUGGUGAAAACACAGAUCACGCACUUAAUUUUUUUUCUGCAUGUACAAUUCAAUGACAGUGGUUACAUUCUUCAUGUGUCAGCGUUCUCGUUCUCCCCAUAUUGUUUCACCACCAUUGACUGAGACCAUCCAAUAAACUCCUCCUCUGUGAGUUACAGUUGUCAAUUCGGUCUGAUAAUAAAAUUCUUUAAAAGUGUAAUGAUCAGGGCAAACAUCUGUUCAGCUGAACUGUUAGUCUGAAGAUCACUUAAGGGGAUAAUUUCAGUUCAAGAUUGAAAAGUUUUCUCCGGGCAACAGAUUUGAGAGUUCUUCCAGCCUGAAUGGUUCCACGUGUCGUCCCCCCCCCCCAUUUUGAUCAGCACUUGCUGACUUGAGUCCUUGAUCAAAACGUUCAGUGUUGGUGGCCAGGCACCAUCAGUUCUGGUUGCUUGUCAAAGGAGGCAGUAGUAGUUCAUGGAGGCAUCUAGACCUGCAGUCCAUUUCCUUCUCUGACUUCUGGGUCUCCUGCUGAUCUAGGUGAAUAGAGACAAUUGUUGCAUCUUGGAUGGUUGCCUGCAAGUUUUUAAGAUCCCAGAUACUAGAACAUAGUAGUUCUUAGGUUAAUUUUCUAAGAUAAGCUAUAGACAUGGGUUUUUGGCUUUCACUUAUGGGUGAGACAUUUGGGGCUUCAGAGUCAGCUUGAAACAUGUAUCAUUCCUGUGAUUUUUGCACAUUUAGAAAAUGAAAAAAUUCCUAAAGGAUCAAGAGUGUGGUUCUUAUUAAUACCCUACUUCCUGGAAUAUUCUCCUUACUAAACUGGCAGGUUAACUGAUUUCAACAAACUGUAGUGAGCUAGUUUUGUUAUUUUAAAUGAGAACCUUGGCUUUGGACUAACCACCUUCUGAUGGCAUAAAAGACACACUUGCUAUGCACAUAGCUACAGUUGUGUAACUUAUUUGCUUCCUAUAAAUUACAAAUUAGGAAUAAGAGCAUUUAAGUCUUUUAUGACUUUAUAAGUUACUUUUAAAAACAUUGCCAUUUAUUUUCUCCCCCAAUCACAUUAUCUUUAUUUCACAUGGGAGGAAACUGAUGCCAGAUGGCAAUAUGGUGGAUUAGAAAGUCUUGCUACAAAAUACCUAGAAUAUUAGAUGAAAUCUUAAAAAGUCUUUAAAAGUGAUAGUUGAGAUUGCAAAUUUAGGAAAAUGCUUAGGGACCAAAAAUAGAGACCGGAAACCAGAGGCACAGGCAUAGAGAUACAAAGGGUGCCCUCCAUGGGAAGGGAUGGAUGAGGAUGGUGGCCAGUCUCAUUAACAAGGAGCGAUGUACAUGUGGUAGAAGGCUUUCAUUUCAGCCAGUGAAAACUCCAUGGAUCAAGAUGGUCUGAUCUGCAACCAAUCAUGGGGAUGGCAUAAGACCAAGUGGCAUUUUGUUGUGUUGUGCAUGGGGUUGGCCAUGAGUCAGUGGCUGACUGGAAGGCAGAUCACCACCACAGAUAUAGACACGGGAGAACACGUGCAUUAAAGCACGUAUCGCCCUGUGAGAUGAAUAAAAAAAAAACCCUCUUUUGGCCUGGGCUCCAGCUUAUCAAAAGAAAAUUUCCAGAAUGUUGCCAUGUUUGUGUAGGUUUAAGGUCCAGUAAUCCCCAAACUGAGAAAGAUGAAAAGUGGUUCCAAGUGGUAAUAAACUUGGGUGAUCUAGCAGAAGCAAAAGAAAAGUCUUUGUAGGGACAGACCUCAGCCUAGGAGGAAUACUUUUCGUGGCAAGCAACAGAAAACUGACUUAUUUUCGGUAGGUUAAAUAUUUACUUUUCUUUCAUACGAAAUCUGGAGGUAAACGGCUGCUGGGAGUUGUACGGUGUUUGGUAUCAGGACUAGCAUCCUUGCAGCCUUCUGGGCAUUUCCCUUAUGUGUCACCUCAUGGGCACAAAAUGCUGUGGAUACCCACAUUAGCAAGAAGCAGUAUCAGAGAAGUAUCUCAUUAGGGUAGUAAAAGCUCUUCCAGAAAAUCCUGACAGACUUACGCUUUCAACUUACUGUCCCAAACUGGGUCAUGUGACCUAUGUGAAAUGGGGUAGAGGAUCGUCAUGAUUAUCUUAGACCAACUACGGCUGGGCACACUGCCUACCCUAACAAGUUUGCAAGGAAUGAUGGAAAGGGGCUGAACAUCAGCUCACAAACCAAAAUAAUAUGAGGAAACACUUCACCAAAAGCAAGUCAGCAGUUGGAAUAUACAAGUUCAGACCUGCGUGAGCAAAGUGGAUGGAAUAUAAACAUGAAAAGACAAAGGAAUAAAAGCAUAAGAAAGAUCCUGAGCAGUAAUUCUGCCUAACUCGUCUUGCUUUGUCUCUUCUCUUCAAGCCCUAUACUACUUCCAAGCAUGUAAAAAAAUUAAGUCUUAAAGGUAUGGAAAGCCCGUCACAAUCUGAAUUCAUCCUCCCCUACCACUAACCGUAUCUUGACUGCCCCACACUCAUUUCUGUCUGUCAGAUCCUCUAGGCUAUCUCAUUUAUCCAUAUAAUCCAGUGAGAUAGGUGCUGUUACACUUUUUUCCUGGGAGUUACUUCCUCCACAUAGCCCUUCCUGAUUCUCCAAUCCAGAAUUAGUUAUCUUCUGAACCAGAAUGUUUACAAUAUGCCAGACACUAGGUUAAGAGCUUGAUACACAUGUAUCUAAAUACAUUAUUAAACAUGAAGGAGAUAAGCAACUGAGUGGUUUUUCACUCUGGCUAUUUUCUGUGGCAUGUGGGGUUAUUCCUUCAAUAGAGUAGGCCAACUACAUGUGAGGCACUACAUAAUAUGCUGAGUGAUAAGAUACAGGACUGACUUCAAGAAGCUAAUGGUAAAAAUUUAGGUUACACUGUAGAAGUAAUAGCUGUGGUGUCAACAUGCUGUUAAGGCUACACUUCAUUAGUGGAACCCAAUGAAACUGUCUCCCUAAAACAGUUGCUACAUGCACAAUAUAAAAUUCAAAAGGUACUGUUUAUAUAUGGGCAGACGUGUCCUUCCCUAUUCUCAACAUCACCAAGUUAUCCCUCCCAAAAGCAAUCUGUUUUCUGGAGUAUCCUUUUGGGUAUUUUAAUAUUCUCACAUAAAUAAGUGGUAAUUUUAUAUCAACUGUGCCACAGCUUGCUUCUCUGCUUACUAUUUUAGAGGUUUUCUUCUAACCAGGACAUAGCAGCAGUCUUGUUUCUAACAGCUAACAUUUACACUGAUGUGUAUUUGGGCUGGCAACACUGAUUUUAUAGACAAACCUGUUUUUCAUGUUAGCAGCUGUAAGCCUUUUGUUACUAUUUAAAAAUUUAAUAUCUAAAUCCAUGUUUUAAAAUUUCAUUUACAUGAAAAUUACUAGCUUAUAAUACAUAUUAGAACUGCAUAGAAAGAAUUGUGCUAACAAGCAUUUUCUUUAGGACAAAAUACGAAAUUUGUACAGAAAAAUAGCUUUUAUCUUAUUUUAUUCAAUAUAUUUGAAAUAAUCAUUCACGUAUUUAACCUAUCCUUAAAAAUAGGCACUACUUAUUUUAGUAUAAUCCAUUUAUGUACAAAACAAACCCUUUACAUAGUCACACAUAAUUGCACAGAAAAAAAACAUGAAAGGAUAUAUAUUAAACACUGGUAAUCUUUGGAAGGGUAAUAUGGAGGGACAUCAUAUUUUUUUAUUCCAUAGUUUUGUAUAUUUGUAUUUUUCACAACAUAUUUAUGGAUUACUCAUAAAUUAUAUUAAAAAAAAAGGCCUAAUGGGGCCCAAUUAAACUAUACUGUUUGUGUUUUAAUCAAGACUUCUGUUGUUUCAAGGAGCUCUAAAAGUCUAUUCAAAUAAUUUCUAAUUCUCCCCUCUAUUUUGCUUGCCCCAUUAAUUUACUUAGUAAACCCCUUUUUCUUCCCCACUCAUAGGAUCGGUUAAUUCCAGUGCCGUACAUUAGCCAGGAGUAUAAUUUGAAGUGGUUUUACUCUACAAGUAUCCUGGUAUUCAAACUCAGGAACUACACACAGAUUUCAGUACGUUUUAGAACUCUUGCUACAUACUAUCCAAACCUAAAAAAAAAAAAAAAAAAGUCAAA